GUUGCACUUACAGUUCAAGGGACAAUGGUGGAGAGGCUUUUAUGUGAGAUGGCCAGAAAACCUGCCUGCUAGCAGCCGCGGUCGAAUAAACUUUCUUCUUUUUUCCUUUUCUAAAGAACCAAUUCAGUUACGGAGUGGAAUUAAUGACUUUCGUUUCGUUCACCUAACAACGACCUACUGUGUUUAACACACUUGAGAUUAUUUAAAUGGAAUUAAUUUGGCCUAUCAACACAAGAAAUCAAAUCAAUGGAAUAAAUAUGGGAGCUGCACUUCUGCACACCUUUGAGCAGCAGUAUGAUGCAGGCAGGAGUCUGUCUGAGACAGGACACUGAGACAACACUACCAGAGCUCACUGAGCAGCACAGGAUCAAACUGAAAGAAGAGGAAGUGGACUGGAGUCUGUCCACAUGGCAGAGUCAGAGACUGAGUGUACUACACCAGGACUCAACACACUGGAGCCAGAGUGUGUUACAGCACACAGUGGGGUCAGUGCUGUACACCACACUGACUCACCAUUGAUAAAAACAGAACCUGAUCUGGGUCCCACCAACACUGGGCAUCUUAUUAAGACAGAGAGCCUAGACUUUACAGAGCUGGUAUGUAGAAUCCAUCUGCACCCUGACCAAAUCAAAACAGAAACUUAUCCGGGUCACACACACACUGGGUAUCUUAAGACAGAGAACCUAGAAGUUACAGAGCUGGGAUAUGUAACCCAUCUGCAUCCUGACCAAAUCAAAACAGAGACUGAUGAUGAAGGCUACAUUAAGGCCGAACACAUCAGUGUCCUGCAGGACAUUAAAUGUGAUGAUAUUACAUCUGAUGAAGUGAACACUGUGCUUAAUGGAGCUGGUGUUGUUCACAAAGACCGGACUGAACCAUGGCAGUGUGCAGGGGAGCCAAAUCCACACUGCAGGAAACCAGGGAAAGAACAGGACUGUUCCACCCAGCAUGUGAGAUGCCUUAAUGAGCCAUCAGAGUUAAUCCAAGACAAGGGAAACCAUAAUUGUGAAAAGCCCCACCAAUGCUCCCUGUGUGGGAAGUGUUUUCCUCAUGAAUCUCAUUUGAAUAACCAGAACAUUCAUUCAGAGGAAAAGCCGAACACGUGUAGUCUGUGUGGGAAGUGUUUUACCACAGCAUCUGUUUUGCAGAGGCACCAGAGAAUUCAUACAGGUGAAAAACCUUACAAAUCUAAUCGGUGUGGGAAGGGUUUUAAACAGAAAUCGCAUGUAAUCAGACACAAGAAAAUUCAUACAGAUGAAAAGCCCUACAAAUGUGAUCAGUGUGGGAAGUAUUUUUCAGCGAAGGCCGUUUUGAAGGUCCAUCAGAGAAUUCAUACAGGUGAAAAGCCCUACAAAUGUGAUCAGUGUGGGAAGUGCUUCUUAAGGAAAGCUGCUUUAACCAAACAUCAGGGAAUUCAUUCAGGUGAAAAGCCCUAUAAAUGUCAUCUGUGUGAGAAGUCUUUUGUUCAUAAAUGUUAUUUAAAUAUCCACCAGAGAAUUCAUUCAGGUGAAAAGCCCUAUAAAUGUAAUCUGUGUGAGAAGUCUUUUUUUCAUAAAUGUUAUUUAAAUAUCCACCAGAGAAUUCAUACAGGAGAAACGCCCUACAAAUGUGAUCAGUGUGGGAAGUGUUUUAAACAGAAAUCACAUUUAAUCAAACACAAGAAAAUUCAUACAGAUGAAAAGCCCUACAAAUGUGAUCAGUGUGGGAAGUGUUUUAAACAGAAAUCACAUUUAAUCAAACACAAGAAAAUUCAUACAGAUGAAAGGCCCUACAAAUGUGAUCAGUGUGAGAUGUCUUUUCUUAGUCAAUCGAAGUUAAAUACCCACCAGGUAAUUCAUGCAGGUGAAAAACCCUACAAAUGUAAUCAGUGUGGGAAGUAUUUUUCAGCGAAGGCCGUUUUGAAGGUCCAUCAGAGAAUUCAUACGGGUGAAAAGCCCUACAAAUGUCAUAUGUGUGAGAAGUCUUUUGUUCGGAAAUGUUCUUUAACCAAUCAUCAGAUAACUCAUUCAGUUGAAAAGCCCUACAAAUGUCAUAUGUGUGAGAAGUCUUUUGUUCAGAAAUGUUAUUUAACCAAACAUCAGAGAAUUCAUUCAGGUGAAAAGCCCUACAAAUGUCAUAUGUGUGAGAAGUCUUUUGUUCAGAAAUGUUCUUUAACCAAACAUCAGAGAAUUCAUUCAGGUGAAAAGCCCUACAAAUGUCAUCUGUGUGAGAAGUCUUUUGUUCAGAAAUGUUCUUUAACCAAACAUCUGAGAAUUCAUACAGGGGAAACGCCCUACAAAUGUGAUCAGUGUGGGAAGUGUUUUCAUAGUAAAAGUAAUUUACAGUCUCAUCAGACAAUUCAUAAAAAAGAAAAGGCCUACUUGUGUACUCAGUGUGGGAAGUGUUUUUUUCGUAAUCGUGAUUUAAUUAUCCAUCAGAAAGUCCAUACAGGGGAAAAGCCAUACAAAUGCAAUCAGUGUGGGAAGUGUUUUCAACAGAAAUCACAUGUAAUCACACACGAGAAAAUUCAUACAGAUAAAGCCCUGCAAAUGUGAUCAGUGUGAGAUGUAUUUUCUUUGUAAAUCUAAGUGAAAUACCCACCAGAUAAUUCAUGCAGGUGUAAGGCGGAAAUAAUUAACAUGUGGUAUCGUCACUCUGGCACUGGUCAGCUUGCUGACUUCCUCUGAUACCAUGGCAAUAUGUGGCUGUAAAGUAGCUCUCCUCCCAGGAGCAUACAUCGUUAGCUCCCACCUUUUGGCACCCAUGUCUGUGGGGGAAAACUUGUGUGUUGUUCCCGGAGGGACUGUCUUCCUGGGCCCCCUGUGGAACCCCCCCUUCUCUAUAUUACCAUGAGGGGUACAAAAACUUAGUUAUUACAUUAUGCGACUGUCAUGAAAACGCACAACUACAUCCCUGUCCAGGUAUCUCCAGUCAGCUCUACGAUUCGGACUUCCUUUUGGGGAUUCAGACCAUUUGCUCCUGAGCGCAUUUGUCCGCAUCUGGGAAGACUGAGAUAAAGGGGAAUGGCCGUGGAUGUGUGUUCUAGGGGCCUAUAGGUCAGAGAGGUCAUUAAGCCCCUGCCAAACCAUGGGAAAGGAAUGUCUCCGUGACCCAACCUGACCCAACACCUGGUCAAUUCCUAUGGGAAAGACUCAGGACACUCCCACAGUGCCCCCAUUUGGACACUUCUGUCAUUACACCCUUUACUUCGCCCCUGGAUUAAGGAGGGACUUUUCAUGACAACUACAACAUAAUCAGACAUGAUGAUAAUCUGUUUGGUAUGGAUGCAAUCAGGUAAUAUCAAGCAAGGAAUCAAAUGAGAUACAUUUCAUACCAAAUAGAGUUUAGUAGCAUAGUUUCAAUUACUCAAGGGAAAACUAUAUGUCCUCUCUGGUAAUCAUCUGUUUUUCCCUUUUAACAACCCCCAAAGGUCUAAAUUCCAGAUUUGACCACCCCUCCAGGUUAGUUUAUGGCACUGCCGCCUGGUUCAAGAGUGUGAUUUGGCAUAAAAGAAGGGAAUACGAACCCAUCAGGGAAGAUCGUAUCUGUCUUCCCACACAUGUGCAUUUUCUGUGUUUGUGUGUAGUUGAAGCAGGCUGGGUAAGAUUAUUGACUUUGUAUUUGUAUUUCUGUAUUAAUUGACUGUUGAAUUCUAAGAUAAUGACCUACCUGCCUGUUAAUAAAUACUUAUUUUUAACUUG